AUGAUAGACCACGAGUUCAUCUCCCUAGAAGCGUUUAUAUCAUCAGCCGAAAGUUUUGUUAAAAUAUCUGACCGUAUUCAUGAUGAUUGGAAAUUCCACAGAGAUUAUGAUAAACAAAGUUAUUAUAUUAAAAAGGAUACAUUUAUUAAACAUGCAGAUGAACUGUUCAAAGCCGAGUUUAACAUUUUCUAUAAUUUGAGUUAUGGUGUACCAUCAUUCAGUUUUAAUAUAUGGGAAUCUUCAGGAUCCCUUUUAAGUUUAGAAGAUAUAAGGCGAAUGUCUCUUAUAGAGAUAAAGGAAAAGGAUUUCUACUCUGUCAUAACGCAGCAAGAGCAUCCUGUAUUUGGAAGACCAUAUUUUGUUAUGCAUCCUUGUCAAACUCUAGAGCUUUUGGCCAGUUUACCUGAUUCAAAGAAUAUUAUUGUAACAUUCUUAAGUCUGAUUACACCGUUAAUAAAUUUAAAAUUGCCACUAGAGUAUGGCUUAUUAUGA